AUGGAGCUUGACGUCGAAGUGGUCUCCGAGAUUGUGACGCCGUCAUCUCCGACGGCCAACGGACUUCGCCGCUACCAACUAUCGUUCCUGGAUCAACUAAACCCCUCGCUUUAUAACUUUCUGAUCUAUUUUUAUCCGAAAAUAUGUGACACCGAUGCCGAUAAAAGCACGAUUUCCGAUCGGUUAAAGCGAUCCAUUUCCGGUGCUUUGACUUACUUUUACCCGUUGGGUGGUCGGAUUACGGAGGACCAACUGUUCGUUGAUUGUAAUGAUGAAGGGACACCCUUUGUGGAAGCUCGAGUGAAAUGCCAACUUUCCGAUGUUUUGAACAAUCCAGUCCCGAAGGAGCUCAACAAGUUGCUUCCUUUCGAAAUCCAUGGCGACCAUAAAAUUCUCAUCGGAAUCAAACUCUACGUUUUCGAAGGCGGCGGGAUAGGGAUCGGUGUGUGUGUUUCCCAUAAAAUCAGAGACGCCCUUUCGUUCUUCUCGUUUGUGAAAACAUGGGCGGCCAUUGCUCGUGAGGAGACGAAGUUGAUCGGCCCCGAAUUCAAAUCAGCCUCGCUUUUCCCACCGCGGGAUCUCUCGGUUACACCGAGAAUCAGUCAGUUGAAGAUCGAACAACUUGUAACGAAGAGAUUCGUGUUUGGUGCCACCAAAGUGGAGGAAAUCAGAAGAAAAUAUGUUUCCCAAAUGAGAGACUCCAUAAAAGCAGUGAACAAUGAGUACGUGAAGAAGCUCCAACAUGGAUAUAACCACUUGGACUGCUUUAAAGAGAAGGCAGCGAGUUAUGGAAAAUGCGAUAUCGUUGCGUUUACUUUGACGAGUUUAUGCAGGUUUCCUCUAUACGAAGCUGAUUUCGGUUGGGGAAAACCCAUUUGGGCAUGCUCCGGUGAUCGGGAAAUCAAUAGCAUAGCUACUUUCAUGGACACCAUAACUGGUGAUGGGAUGGAGGCUUGGAUUACCCUAAAAGAGGAAGAAAUGGCGAAAUUUGAUUCCUAUUCCUAUGAGGUAUUGCUUGCAUAUGUUUAUCCUCCAAAAAGCUUGUAA